GACCCCAGCACCUGCGAUAUCGUCAAGGCCACACAGUAUGGACUAGUAGAGCGAUGCAAAGAACUGGUGGAAGCUGGGUAUGACGUUCGACAACCAGACAAAGAAAAUGUGACCCUCCUUCACUGGGCAGCGAUAAACAACAGACAGGAGCUGGUUAAAUACUAUAUUUCCAAAGGUGCAAUAGUGGAUCAGCUAGGUGGAGAUUUGAAUUCAACUCCCCUUCACUGGGCUAUUAGACAAGGACACCUACCUAUGGUCAUGUUAUUGUUGAAAUGUGGAGCGGAUCCCAGUCUUAUUGAUGGGGAAGGAUUCAGUAGCAUUCACUUAGCAGUGCUGUUCCAACACAUGCCCGUUGUAGCUUACCUCAUAUCGAAAGGCCAGAACGUAGACACAACAGACCUCAAUGGACAAACGCCGUUAAUGCUAGCAGCACAAAAAGUGAUUGGACCAGAACCCACGAGGUUUCUCUUGAAGUUCAACCCCUCUCUCAGUGCUGUAGACAACGUUCAAAGGAAUACUGCACUGCACUGGGCAAUAACAGCAGGAAAUACUAGUGCAGUGGAUUUGUUGCUAGAAGCUGGUGCCAGCCUGGACAUAAAAAAUGUCAAGGGAGAAACACCACUCGACCUUGCUUAUCAGAGUCUGAAUCGCUUCAUAGUUUAUAUGGUAAAAGAGGAAGAAAGGAUGAGAAGCAGAAGGAAUAACAUGCUGCUGAGAAUAGUAGAGAAAUACGAGCUCUUCCUGAUAUUGGCAACUUCCUUGACGUUGAUGGGGGUCGUAGGAUACAUAAUGAAUUUAAGUUCUGAUUCUUGGCUUUUGAAAGGAGGUCUGCUUCUCUUCCUGCUGUUUGGGAUGGCUCUGUUUGUGAGGCAAUUCGUGGGCCUCAAGAAUCUAAGGUAUCUUCCCACAGCAUUUCUGCUAAGUUCAGUUUUUUGGAUGUUUGUGACCUGGUUUUUCUGGUUCCUGCCUGAUAUCCUUUAUGCUUAAGAAAUGCAGUAGAGCUCUCCUUACGGUUCUUCUGGCAUGUUCAGCAUGGCAGGUCUUGUUUAUUAUUUAUAUAGAACUUGGAGAACUGAUCCUGGAUAUAUUAAGACUUCAGAAAAAGAAAUGAAAGAGAACAUUGUAGCUCUUGCAGAAGCAGGUUGCAUGGACUUCAGAACGUUUUGCACAUCAUGUCUUGUAAGGAAGCCUUUGAGAUCUGUGCAUUGCCUUGCUUGUGAUUCCUGUGUAGCCAGAUACGAUCAGCAUUCUCUGUGGAUUGGACGGUGCAUAGGCACUGGGAACCACCGUUACUACCUAAUGUUCCUGUCUUUCCUGACGACGAUGGGUGUCUGGCUGCUUUAUGGAACUCUUCUGUAUUGGUCAAACCAUUGCGCAGCAAAUUAUCGUCAGGAUGGAGCAUGGACCUACUUCACCCAGAUAAUACACUGUUCUCCCUGGAUUUCUUACAUCUUUGCAGUAGCCUGUUUCCAUACUGUAUGGGCCUCCUUGUGGCUAACUGUUCAGCUGUAUCAGGUUGCGUUCUUGGGAUUGACCUCACAUGAAAGAAUGAAUCUCCUGAUGCAGAGAAAAUCUUCUAAGCAUCCUGUUUCACUCAGGAGAACUCCAUACAAUCUUGGAUGCUUCCAGAAUCUUGCAGACUUUUUUCAGUGCAGUUGCUUUGGUAUGUUCAAACCCAAUGUAAUUGACUGGACGAAGCAAUACAACCUUUUUCAUCUGUCAAAGGAGAAAAAUGUUCACUCUGUAUGA